AUGCUAUGCUUCCUAUCGUUUUCAGCUGCGGCCAAUGCGCUGGCGUAUCCAUCUCAGGAACUUUUGGGAGUGCCUUCAGUUUCCAGUCCCGUUGAUGAUUUCCCAAAAGUCUUUAGGGAUACUGAAUCGGCGCGGGAAGCGUCGGUUCGCGACCCCAUUCUGAAUACCUUACAGGAUCUUAUCGCCGCCCUGCAGGUGAUGCAAGACAAGUAUUUUGUGCUCUGGCAGGGCACGUGGCCCACCAGUAUCGAUUGGACCGCGGCGGUACUGGGUGCACACGUUUCGGCAGCGCUCUCGACUCUAACCUCAGGCCCGCUCGAUAUCCCCGACACGGAUGAAUUGCAAGGAUUAUCCUUCUUCAGGCUCGAGCACACGGUCAACCGAUUCUUCAGCCAUACUGCCGCGUUCUACUUUGGCGAGAACUCUUUCAGUCUUAGAAACCAGGCCUACGAUGACAUGCUAUGGGUCGUGCUAGGGUGGUUGGAAAAUAUCAAGUUGCAAAAUCUUCACUCGGACCUUCACUAUGUCUCCUCCAACGACAGUUCUGGAGAACUGUGGUACGGUACUCAGUUCCAGAACUCUGCUGCACACAGAGCACGCGUCUUUUACGAGCUCGCCUCUGCUGGUUGGGACAAGACCCUCUGCGAGGGCGGCAUGAUCUGGAGCCCAUAUUUGACGCCAUACAAGAAUGCGAUUACAAACGAGCUCUAUAUAGCCGCAAGCAUCGAGAUGUAUUUGUACUUCCCCGGUGAUUCCAUUGACGCCCCUUUCCUUGUCGACUCGGGCACGCAGCGCGCACGGAAGAACCCAUACAACUCUCUUCAUCUGCAGGCUGCGGUUGACGGAUAUGAGUGGCUCAAGAAGUCAAAUAUGACUGGGAUCGGCGGCCUCUAUGGAGAUGGUUUCCACAUCCGUGGCUGGCAAAGCGCAUCAAAUCCCGGCUCGGGACAAUGCGAUGAGCUUAACUCUAUGGUCUACACCUACAAUCAAGGAGUCAUUCUCAGCGGGCUGAGAGGACUUUGGCUAGCCACAAACUCGCAAGUUUAUCUGCGUGACGGUCACGAGCUUGUUCGCAAAGUACUGCAGGCUACCGGGUGGCCACAUACCUCUAGCCAGCAGUGGAAGGGGCUUGGUCGCGGAGGUGUGCUCGAGGACGCAUGUGAUUCUCAUGGAACCUGCUCCCAGGAUGGACAGACCUUCAAAGGCAUAUUUUUCCACUACCUUGCAGGAUUCUGUCGACCUCUUCAGCCGCAAGAGAAGCAGUUCCUGGCGGACAGGACCCGCAGAAAUGCAGCAGAUGACGACUGGGCCGAAGUCUAUGAGCAGCAUAUAAAGCAGUGCCGCACCUAUGGUUCUUGGAUUAAACACAAUGCGCAAGCUGCUCUGGUGACUCGUGACAAAGCCGGCAAGUUUGGUACCUGGUGGGGCCGCUCGUAUCAUCAGCUGGAUGCCAACGAGAUCGUGGAUAGCAGCACUAUCCCGAAUGGUGCUGUAGAUUACCGCAAUGCCGAUCAUGAAUCAACUACAGGCUUCACACCGAAGGACUACAACGAUCGUGGCCGAGGCCGCACAGUGGAAACACAGUCCGGCGGCGUCGCUGUGUUGAGAGCCCUGUACCAGUGGCAAUCCUAUGACGUCCUAUGA